AUUUGGGUUGGAGCGUCUCCUUUGGUCACCGGGCUGCUCUCAUCAAUCUUACGGACGCACGGCACCUGUGUGUGUGGAUCUUCACUCCAUGGAUUUUUAAUUAGAGUCAACUGACCUGUGCCGUGAACGGGUUUUUGUGACUACACUUCACUGUCCGUGAAUAUAACCGGAUACGACGUGGAAUGAGAGAAGACAUUAAAACAUUGAUGAGAGUUUGGCGAAAAGUGCAACUCGAUUGAAUGCUGCUCCUGCUGGUCUUCAUAUUAGAAAAAAAAACACAAACCAACAGGUGUGACCUUUCGUCUUUUUACGAUGAGAAGAAAUGACUGCAGUGCAUUCCCAAAAUAAAUGAAUAAUUCACUAAUAACACAACAAGCAACCCGGAUCGAUCAACGAGGCUGAUUGAGGAGUCCAACCUAAAGUCUCUAAACUGGAUCCUACUGCGGGCAUCGAGAAACGGAUUUGACUGAUCACCUACCGACACUUAACACCCUCAAAGGGAGAAGAUGCCGUUCCAUCAUGUGACGGCAGGCCUGCUCUACAAGGGGAACUACCUGAGCCGCUCGCUGUCAGACAGUGACAGCGACGUGUUGGCCAGCAUCUCCGUGGAGGAGCUUCAUGAGAUCCGUGAGGCGUUUACGGUUCUGGAUCGUGACGGAAAUGGGUUCAUUUCCAAACAGGAGCUGGGUAUGGCCAUGCGCUCUCUGGGUUACAUGCCCAGUGAGGUGGAGCUGGCCAUCAUCAUGCAGAGACUAGACAUGGAUGGUGAUGGACAGGUUGAUUUCAAUGAGUUCAUGACGAUCCUUGGACCCAAACUCCUGUCAUCUGAAACGAGAGAAGGCUUCCUGGGCAGCACAAUAGAUACCAUCUUCUGGCAGUUUGACAUGCAGAGGAUCACCCUGGAGGAGCUGAAACACAUCCUGUUCUAUGCCUUCCGCGACCACCUGACCAUGAAGGACAUUGAGAACAUCAUCAUCAACGAGGAAGAGAGCCUGAAGGAAAACUCUGGGAACUGUCAGACAGAAUUUGAGGGAGUUCACCCUUCAAAGAAGAACCGUCAGACAUGCGUGAGGAAGAGCCUCAUCUGCGCCUUUGCCAUGGCAUUCAUCAUCAGCGUCAUGCUCAUCGCAGCCAAUCAGAUGCUAAGGAACGGCAUGGAGUAGCAGUGCCCACUGUGAGCAGGGAACAAGCCAGCCUGCAUGUGCAUGCCAGUGGGUGAGGUCAUAUCCCUGUUGGUAGGAAAAUAACUACAAGGAAUAACAUUCAAAAUAAUCAUCAACAAAAUCCAUUUUUGAAAAUAUUCUUAGUUUUUUCAAACGAGUGGCACCUCUCCAUCUGAUGUCCAAUGAAACCGUGAAGCCAGCAUGAGGAGUCAUGGACUCCUCCCCUUUUACUCUGACAGGGACACUCAAGGGCUGACAUUACACAUCAUACGCUGAAUACAAUGUUGUGUCUGUUUCCCUGAUGCAAUAAAAAAAUGUAAAAAACAGAAGACCCCCCCCCCAAAAAAAUAAAAAAAACAUUGAGUACAGGAGUUCAGAGCUGCUCACUUUUCCAGCAGGCGAGGUGUGACUUGUGUGUCUGCAGAUCUGUCACCCACCAGGCCCCCGAGAGGGAAUGAGAGGAAGGGAACAAUUGCCCUCUUAUUAUAGUUCCUGGAAGGAUGAUGGGCGAGCUCGCCGCCAUUCAAACAGAAGGUACGUGUCAGGCCACAGCUCCUGGAGCUCCCAUGGUGCUACGAUACUUCAGCUCUCCAACUUUCUAUUUUCAACUACUGCGUCUGCGGGCUGUUAUGAGGUGCUGGCAUCAGUUCAUCAGCCCUACAAACCAAGCAGUCAAGGGAGUAAAAUGUUAAAUGGUAACUAAAAUGUUAAAUGGUAACUUGUGUUUUGGCCGUGUGAUAUUGAUGAAUGGACACAGAAGCACUGAAAGUUUGGUUUUGGAUCUUUUCUUUCUCCUGGACACUGUUGGGUGAACACUGUUCAGAGUGCAAAGAAGAGGUUUCUGUGUCCUAUUAAAGGAAAAAAAUCCACCCUUGCAGCUGCUCACACUGUUGUACAUCAUCUAUCAGUGGUGCACUCCAGGAGUUAUUUUGCAAGGUGAUUGAAUUCAACUUUUUGGUGUACCCUCAGUGUGCCUCAUUUACUUCUGCCUCACUUGGUGAUUUGCUACAUUUCCCAAAAUGACUUUGGUCAACCCCCAGAGAACAGGUGUGAACCCAUCGCAUUCAGCUGUGCUUUAAUGUGUAGGUGGAAAGAGCGAGGACAAUGGUAAGAGCAAACUAGCAAGAGGUUUUCCAGUCGACAAAACCUGAAUUGAACCUUUUACUCUAAAUGCAGUGUGUCUUAUGGUUGUGAUCCAUUCUGGCUUCUUGACAGAUUUCUACCUGCAUGUCUGUUGGUGUCGUUGCUAAAUUAAGCUUUUGCUCUUUAAUCUUGAGGGAAUGACACCAAAACAUAUCACUGAUGUUUUAAAUACAUUCUUCUUCUCUCAAACUUGGCGCUAGUUGGAUAUAUAUGUGAUGCCACAUCAUCUGGGUUUGGCCAGUCAUCCAUGAAAAGAGAAAUUGACUGAGGAAUGGCAGGUAUAUUACCACCAACUAAGGAUUUUUAACAGUGUUGCAGUGUGUUUUAGGGUGGAUUUUUUUUUACCCUUCAAAUCACCACAAAUUAAGAUAAAUAAUUAUAACUUAGUGCUGUGCAAAGUUGAAUCCCCUGCACAAGUUGUUCUCAAAAACUGUUCUGAAAUCAAAUUUUUGUUUGUGAUCUGUGCAUUGUUUGUUUCUUUUUACAUUAAGUUAUUUAAUGUAUGAGUUAGUUUAACAUUUCAAAUAUAUAAAUGAAAUAGAAGUGUGCAAAACUAAGGUACCAUUUGAUUUAUCCUAUUUAUCCUAUCCUAUCAACAUUUAAUUUCUUGUUUUUUAUUAUAAAAUGUAAUCUUAAUCCAUCCAUGUGUGACUCUCACAGUUUAGCACAAUUUCUGAAUUUGAAUAUCUCCUGCAACUGAAAUUCUGUCUUAGCUUUUGUUGGUUGUAGAGCUGAAAUGGUUAUUCGAUCAAUCAACUGUUUUGAUCAUUCCUUAAUUAUUUUUGUCAGGUUUUUAAGCAAAAAUGCCCAAAAAAAUCUGUGUUAGUGACUAACAUACUUACUUUAGCACUCACCAUAUUUAGUUUAUUUUCAUUUUUAAAACUUUUCCUGUUGUGUGAUAGAAAUCACUGUGUAGACCACAGAUAAAGAAAUCAAAUGAUUAAAUUAGUUUUUAAGUACAACAAAUUCUGUAAAAACUUGGGUGGUGUGUAAACUUUCUCACAGCACUGAAUCAUUUAAAGACACGUCUUGAUAUGUUGAUUCCCGCUGAGGUUGGCUCUGAACUCCUGCACUGAAUCUCAUCUCAAACCCAGCUGGGGGUCUGAAACACCCAUAUUAUCAAGUGCAUGCGAUCAAGUCAGUGUCUUCUGUAAAUAACCCACGUCUGAAGUGUCUCAAGUGUCUGUCGAAGGUGUACAGUAUCUCUGUAUGUGCAUGACUGUCGGUGCUCUCUGCUCACUCGGGUACAGAGGUGCAGGGAGGGAGAACAGCAGAUAGAGAGGCGGCUGCUUCAUCACAAACACGUCAGACGCAGGCGGUGAAGGCCCUUUCUGCUUCCUCUUAACCCUCUUGCCAAAGCCAUAGAAGUCCGCAGAGGUGAACCAGACAUCACAAUAUAGAUGCUUUUCCCUGUUCCCACAUGGAAACACAAGAUCAAACUGGCAUUCUUUGGCAGAACUAUGUCUAUCAUGUAGGAUUUGGUUUGUUCCUGUUAUUGCUUUUGCACUGUACCUGUCAUCCAUUCCAAUAAAAUGACAAGGAGGGCUGUAGGUAUGUGCAAGAGUGCCAUCUAGAGGUGACGUGAGAUCACAUUGUCCAUGCUGUCCUCCAAUCACAGUGUUUGUGUAUUUCUCACUCUCACUCUCACAGUGUCAUAUUCACAAUGGCAAUUGUUGAUCUUAAAUGUUAAAACGUGGAUUUUUAUGUAUAAUGUAUAGGUUGACUUUGAUCUACCAACACUGCAGGUAGAGCAGCACUUGUAUGUGAACACAUAUUUAAACACAGUGUAUUUACAGGAAUAGAUUUCUUGCCUAUGGCAGAAAACGUUCUUUUAAACCUGUAAAAGGUUUUAUUCACAGAUGAUUUCUAGUCACUGCUGCCAUGUAUAGUUAACUGGAAAAGUAUUUUAUCAUUUAUUUGUUAUUUGAGAAGAACUUUUUCUUUAAAAUUUUAUUUUCAUUGUGUAUGUUUUUUGAGGAUUUGAGUUACAGUUCCUGUGGUUACAGUUUUGCUGUAAUCAAACUGUCCCCGCCCCUGCAGAACGGUUGCAUGUCUCGAUCGCUGAAGUAGAGUUUUAUUUUGGAGGGGAAACGCACAGUGUCUCUUCAGUAGCAUGGUGGUUGGAUCCCACAGGUUUUUGUUAUGUAACUUUGUACAUAGCUAAUAACACAGCAUAUCUAUAAGACAAGCACACACUAUACAUACUUUGCAUGUGCAAUAUUUAAACAUGUAGACUAGAGAGAGACUUUCAGUUGUACUAUUUAUUAGGGGCAUAAGAUAAAGUUGUAAAUACGGAAAUCUGUACAAAAGUCAAAGGAUUAAGCAUUGAUGCAAUAAAACUGUGUUUUUUAAA